CGGAAAAAGACUGGGAAUGCAGUGAUCACCGUAAACGUUUAACCCCCUCCUACGAGUGGGGGGUAGAUAGCCGAAGGAGAACUGACGUGACUCAAAAACCCUGAAUGCGCAGGUUCUUCGCUUUCUCCUCUUCAGUCAUCAAUCCCCGACUCUGCGAAGUACUACGGGUUGUGUCAGCUCCAAAUCUCCGGGCACCUGUUCUCGUCUUCAGUUAUUAUUGUAAUGUCGACUUGGAGUCCUGCUGGGCCACAACCAUCCAGUUCUUCCCUCUCACUUCAAUUUGUUGCUGGUUCCAGCCAUACUGAAACCGGCAAACCUCCACAUUGCAUAGACACGUUCAAUAUUGUCAUUUGUGGAGAAACCGGAUCUGGUAAAAGUUCCUUGAUAAAUUUGAUCACUGGGACGAACAAGGCGGUGACAUCCAUUGAUGCUGCGGGAUGUACAACCGGAACCAAUAUUGUGAACGACAGUUUGAUGAUUCAGAACGGGUUGCUGAACAUAAACCUUUUCGAUACAGCUGGUUUGGGCGAGUGCGCUCAAGGGACAGUCCCUGAUAAGGAAGCUCGAAAAAUUCUGAGGAAGCUCCUUCGAACUCUGACGGAGCAAGGCAAUAUCCAUCUCAUCAUGUACUGCGUACGGGGACAGAAAGCGAUUCGGACGCUCCGCCGGGACUACGAGUUAAUCCACUCUCAAGUGAAGAAGAAAGUUCCAAUUGUCCUUGUCGUCACAUGUUUAGAAUCCUAUAAGCCGGAGAUGAAAGAGUGGUGGAUGGUUAACGAGCGAACUAUCUCAAACCUCGGGAUGACCUUCACUGGCCAUGCAUGUAUUACCGCAAUGACAGGAUCUACGCACAUGGAGCGCCGCGCCCAAUCAUAUACCGCUAUCUGCAAGCUCAUUGAGCGGCAUUACCUCUCGAAUGAGACAAGAGUUCACACUGAAUUGUUACGAGGCACUGUUCACAACGUCCCAAGGACCAAGCGCAACACCAUCGUAGUCUUCGGGGAGACUGGAGCAGGAAAAAGCUCCCUUAUCAACCUCAUGGCGGGAAAGAACGUAGCAGGUACCUCUUGUGGCAUUGAAGCCUGCACGACGCACUGGAAAGAAUAUUCCCUCGAAUUCGGUGGCGAGUUUUUCAAGGUGUUUGAUACCGUUGGACUCGAUGAACCACAGCUGGGAAUCCCACAGUACUUCGAUGCCAUCGAGAAUACCUAUACUCUUAUUCAGAAUUUGGAGAAAGAAGGUGGCAUCGAUCUUCUUCUGUUCUGCAUGCCGGCAGGCAGACUCAAAGUUAUGCACCAACGCAAUUACCAGCUCUUGCGCUAUUUCCUCUGCGACAAGAAGGUUCCCAUCGUUCUAGCGAUCACGAACCUUGAAAGAGAGCAGAACAUGGAGAGCUGGUGGACGAGAAACCAGAAGAUCUUUCGUGAGAAGAAGAUUCGCGUCGAUGGUCACGCUUGUAUCACCGCCAUCACCACCAUCGAAACCUAUCCAACCUUGCAAAGAAACUCCGAGUCGCACGACACGAUCUGGGACCUGGUCAAGAAUAUCACUGCUAACGGGCAAAAGCGAGCAUGGAAGGGGAGAAACGACCUAUUUGUGUCAUCGAUUGUGAGGAAUGGGAAUUUACGUGUGAGGAAGGAUAUUGUCUCCCGCCUCACCAAGCGUUGCCACAUGUCUCCAGAAGUCGCAAAAGAGUUAGCUGGUAGGAUCAGCGGGAUCAAGAAAGGCGUUGUGGAUGGAGCUACUUGACACUUUGCGUUGCAGCAUGCCUCGAGGUGGCUACUUAGAUUUCCGUGUUCGAUGUGUGCUCGUCUUACUGUACAUCUUAUUCCAUUUGUAUCCUGUCUUUAUUUCUGUAUAAUGUAAGUGUACGACCCC